CAGCUUGAAUUCUGUUCGUGAAUACUUGAUUGAAUGCAAAAUAUUUUUCGAUUCAGUGGUACUUGUUAUAAAUCGUGAAUUUGCAAUCCACUGUACAGGACAACAAGCCAAAAGAUCCACUACGGGUAUUAACAGUUUCCAUCUCCAUGUUGUGACUACCACCGACAGCAAUAGAGAGAAGCCUGCCAACGCUCAGCCAUUGCGUUGAAAUUCCCGUUGAAUUCAUCAAGAAGAUGGCUGAAUUGGGGGAUGAUACUGGAGCCAGAGCCUUGUUAGCUCUGAAAUCUGCACCUUGUAGUCCAGUCAGAGUAGCGAUACCUCCAAUGUACACGCUUUCAUCAAACGCGCCUGGGAUCACAUCCAUGCCCCUCUCACCUCCAUCGCAGGCCCUUGCAAGACUGGAAGGCAGGGACUUCGAGUUUGUAAUGCGCCAGAGGACAGUGACCGUGGGCCGGAAUUCCUCGCAUGGCUCUGUGGACGUCAACAUGGGUCACUCUAGUUUUAUAUCCAGACGACAUUUGCAGAUAACCUUCGAAGAUCACAAUUUUUAUCUGCGUUGCCUUGGGAAGAAUGGUGUGUUUGUUGAUGGUGUUUUCCAGAGGAGAGGCGCGCCUCCAAUUCAGUUACCAAGGGAGUGCACGUUCCGUUUUCCCAGUACGGUGAUAAAGAUCCAGUUCACAGCGCUGUACCAUAAGGAGGCACUGAAGGAGGAGCCUCCUGUUUCCCCUGUGAGAGCCCUGUACCCACACAUCUCCCCGCUGAAAAUCAACAUUCCGGAAAGCGACCUCAGAAGUGUCAUGAGCCCCCUGCCUUCGCCUACUGGAACCAUCAGUGUGCCCAACUCGUGUCCGGCAAGCCCACGGGGUGCAGGUUCCUCUGGGUAUCGCUACGGACGCAAUAUCACCUCAGACCUGCAGCUGGCCGCCGAGUACGCUGCUAAGGCCGUGUCGGAGCAACAGCGCACGGAGGUGUCGGGAGGAGACAGCCCCAAGGAUGAGUCCAAGCCGCCAUACUCGUACGCACAGUUGAUUGUGCAGGCCAUAUCUUCUGCGCCAGACCGACAGCUCACACUAAGUGGCAUCUACGCCCACAUCACCAAGCAUUACCCAUAUUACAGGACUGCAGACAAGGGCUGGCAGAACUCCAUCAGACACAACCUGUCCCUGAACCGCUACUUCAUCAAAGUGCCGCGCUCGCAGGAGGAGCCGGGCAAAGGCUCAUUCUGGCGGGUGGACCCUUCAUCCGAGGCCAAGCUGGUGGAGCAGGCCUUCCGCAAGCGCCGGCAGAGGGGCGUGUCCUGCUUCCGCACACCCUUUGGCCCACUCUCCUCAAGGAGCGCUCCAGCCUCCCCCACACACUCUGGCCUCCUCUCGCCCCACUCGAGCGGUCUGCAGACCCCCGAGAGCUUAUCACGCGAGGGCUCACCCGUGCCCCACGAGCAUGAAUUCGGCACCAAGCUGGCCUCUGUACCCGAGUACAGAUACUCGCAGAGUGCCCCAGGCUCCCCGGUGAGUGCUCAGCCCGUGAUCAUGGCAGUGCCUGCGCAGCCACCAGGGGGUGUUGUUAAGCAAGUGACUUACAUGCCCACGUCCAUCAUCAGCUCUACCCAGCCCUCUGGACAAGCCAUCCAUGUGGUGCAGCAGGCCCCAUCCGUUGCCAUGGUGCGUGUAGUCACCACCUCAGCCAGCUCCCCCAACGGCUACAUGCUGGCCAACUCUGCCUCUGCGGCAGCAGAAAGUUCCGGAGAUCACAGAGGUGCUGUGGAUGAGAUGAUGGCACCUUCCUCCAUCCCUGCAGGCGCAGGCAGUCGAGUCAUCCAUGCUGUGGGAAGCCACCUGAGCUCAGCCACUAGAGGGCAGCAGAGUUACACUGUUCUGCAGCAGGGCUCCAUGGUACUGGGCCAACAUCAGCUUCCAGUCCAGGCCAUCACCCAGAACGGCAAGCAUGCUCUUCCUAAUGCCAGCAUCUCACCCAAUUCUUACGCUCUCACCAACCCGCUUCAGAUCUUGGCUGCCCAGGCCUCCACCUCCCCCCCAGUCCUGGUGCACAGGCCCCCCAGCAUGGAAAUGGAGGAAGGCGCCCCGCGGGCGCCUGAGGCCAAGCGUGCCAGGCUGGAGGAGGACGCUGUGGCUUCUAUCCCUCAGCCAGUCAUCGUGGCUAUGACCCAGGAAGCCAGCGACUGAAUGAGCCAGCAAGGGCGUGGACAGGGAGGUGACAGAAGACCCUUAAAUUGAGCACCCACUAUAGUGUUAACCGAAGGUGCCAAGAUUACUGAGGGGUUGUUUUUUCUGUUUAGUUUGUUUUUCUUGUUUGUUUUUUCCCUUUUACUAAGAGCUUUUUUUGUGAGCGAACAAGUCCAUCACAGUUAACUGAACAUCUCCUUUGAAAGAGGAGGAUAAACAGUGUGUGUUACAAGGGCAGAUAUGAGUUAAAACGCAUUAUCCCAUAAGCCUUAAAAGCAGAUGCUGAUGUGGUUUUAAGUUAGUGAGUUUCUUUAAAGAGCGUUGGAUUGGUCCCUCAAAGUAGUUGGAGAGGCGCAUGUCUGCUGGAGGUGUGUGUUGCCGAGGAGUUCCUCACAAGGUACAGCUGAACUAGUACUUACUUUGGGUUGGGGUGGGACCAAUGACUAAGCAGCUAUUACUAUUCGGGAGUACCUGUCUUUCGAAUUGAAGCAUUAUGUAUUAAGUUCACUGGAAGCUGGGAGUCUCUCCUGGUUCCCAUGUGACUUAGUGAGCAAUUUAUUUAUCAUUCUGUACUACAUGCAUGAUUUAGAAAUGCCAUCUCUAUUAAAAUCAGACUGUAAUAACUAAAACCAAAUGAAAUGUUUCACAAAAAUUUAAUGCAUAUAUUUAAGGACCCCAUUUUUCUAGCUGGGAGCUCCUUAACAACGUAGUGUAAAGUAUUUUUCUAUCAUGGGCCUUUACCAUGCUUGCACGGGAAAAAGAAAUUUGCAAAUGCCUAACAAAUGUCAGUUUCUGAAUUGGUCAGUAGUGCAAAAUUCAAACAGACAGUGAAUGUAUGUAUUUUCUGUUCAUUUGUUUUGCUACUUGGCUCCCUCUUUGACCUAAAUUUAUUAAGAAUGUGCCGUUGUUAACUUUUGAUGUUUUGUUUGAAAAAAAAAAAGAAUAACUGUAAUUUUGAAGUUAAAUUCUGUGUUUAAUGUACCGCAGACAUACACCUGUCCAUCGUUUAUGUGCUUAGCCAAAAUGUUGCUCCUUGAAUUUCAUGUAUAACUAAGAUUUGCAAUAUCUGAUUAGAUUUUGCAUUAUUUAAAGAUAAUAAAAGCCCACACAAAUUGUAAAUGUUGAAAAAAAAUGUGCUAUUGAGACGGGCUACUGACAACCAAAUAUGUUUGUUUCUGUUGCUUAGACCCAGGAAUGUAAUCUUUAAUAUGAAAAGUCAGAGGCUAGCGUUCUCCUUGCCACCUUCACAUGACCCUGUAAUGAUGGUGGAAGAAACUAAAUGAAUGUUAGACAUUUUCUAAAAGUUCUCAAGACUUCACGAAUUUUUCUUUCAAGAACAAAGACAAAAAAAAAGGCUUAUUUUGGUAUCAUUUACAAAAUGCUUCAGACUGUAUAUUUUUUACUAAAAGAACAGAAAAAAUAUGUAGCAUUGGAACUGAAAAUAGUUUUUAGGACAAUCACUAAUUGGGUGGUGGCAGCUACCACUUUAUUGAUACAAAGAAGCACCACAGACUGCUUGAAUAUGAACAGAGAGUACCAUUUAAAAGAGCAUAUCUUCCUCAGUACUUACUUGCAGCUCUGUUGUAAUGACUCUGCUUCAAACUCUACUGCUUACUACUUGAAAGUCAGGUUUAGGAUGACAAAGUAAAACUGUGCGAUCUGUGAUGUAAUAGGGUUAGAUCAGUGCAUUGAGAUCCCAGGGGACUUAGUAAAACAAAACAAAAAACAUAUUACUGCCAUAUUUUAUAUGGCUGUUAUAAACCUGUCCUUGAUUAGUUCUCAGUGAUGCAUUUCACUGAAAAUUGUAAUAGGUUUGCAUGCAACAUGUCUGCAACAUGUACAGGUAGUAGAGGAGGAAUGGGGGAGAGAAGUUCAUAAAUUUAAUUUGUUUAAUUUGAUUUCUUUUUCGGCUAAUGGUGUAUUCUGUUAAGAUGCACAGUGAAGGUAAAAUUAAUCAGAAAACACACUUGAACCAGUGAAGCUACAUUAGUAAGUUUUAAUUUACCUCAAAUUUGAGUUCAACCAUUUUAAAUAUAUGGCUAAACUCAAAAAGCAUUAACAGCUGUAAUCUAAGUAUUUGGGGUCAGGGAGGGGGGUUGAUUAUGCUUUUUAAUCUAUCAUUAGUCAUAAAAAAAUAAAACAAGCACUUGGUUAUAGAAUUGAGUUAUUAUUGAGUUGAAUUAACAUUCACUGCCUAAAAAAAUGCAUACAUUUUUAAACUGUCUUUUACAGUAUUCUUGUCAACUAAUCUGAUGUUUUUGAUUUGUGUGCUUUUUGUAUUUUGCAUAUUAGCUUAUACACUAAACAUUCAUAAUUUAAAAUGAAGUCUAAUGAAUGAUACACAUUUUGGUCAUUUCUGUUAUUAGUUCUUGCUCUGGAUAUAAGCUUUACCAACUAUAUACAAAACACCCUGUCUUAGUCCUUGCUCAGAAGCAUCUAAAUGUCUUUAUAAGCCUUUAUUAUAAAGACUGCCGUGCAUUCAUUAACAUUGGUUUGACAUUUUCAUAUACCCUGAUGAAAAAUUGGUGAAAGGCUAUGUCAGUGUUAAGCUGUAAGUUUGCUAACAAAGCACAAUAAACGUAUGCUGUGUUUUAGUUAGUGUGGACGUAUAAUGCUGCUAAGCUGUGUUUGAAAAGCAUGUGUUGAGCAGCACGAAACACUGGCCUGAGUGUUACACAUAUUCCUCUUUGCCUUUCAUCUAAAACUGAUAUCGGAAAACCAUAGUUUGGCUCAUUUCUGGAAAAAAACAAAUCAAAAACUAUCUUCUUUAUUUAUACCGGAGGUUUUUUCCUUUCGUUCAUGUAAUUUCAUUUAAAAUGUUGAACUCCUUCAUUUCUACAUGUCUAAGCAUUUUGUAUUCCUGGUAUUUGUCACAUUCUCUAGCUCAUUACUUAAUUCUCUUUUGGAUUUGCCUCUCAUCUUGAUUAAAUUAAAAAAUAAUAAUAAUGUAACAUUUCUCUUUGCACAUGUGCAGCUCUGUCAUUUCACUUCAUUUCACCUUGUGAAAAUCUCUAGAAAAUGUGACCACAGUCAAUUAAAAGGUUUGAGCUGUCAACUGCA